CCCCCCCCAACUAAUAUUCCUAACUACGCCCAUGACAAAAUAUAUAUAAUUUGUCAUGGCUACGCCACUGCUAUCUAAUAUUACUUAUUAUUAUAAUAAUAAUUAUAUCUUAUUAUUAUAUACAAGCAAAUUUUUACUAAAUUUUAAUUAAUUUUAUUUGUGUAUAACUUAUUUUGCAUUAUAUGUUUUUGUAUAACAUAUUAAUAUGUGUGAUGCGAGUAUGUGACAUGAAAUACCCGCCAAAUGAUAUAUUUGAAAUUUUGUAUCACAUUAAUUAUCGUAUUGUAUUAUGAUAACACAACAGAGUCCACCACAGAUAUAUCUAAAAUAUAUAUAUUCAAAUAAUAACGUUAUUUAUCAAGUCUUAUUCAUUACCCUUACCUUAUAAGUCCUUUGAAAAUUUUGAUUAAAACUACUUAGCAAAAAAUACAGAAUAAUAUACACUCAUUAAGUAAAUAUUUUGAUGAUAUUAUUGUUUAAACAACCUUAUUUAACUGGCUAAUAACAAAUAUUAGGAACAUGGCAACCUUAUUUAAGUGAAUUCAAUUAUUUAGCUAGCCGUUAAAAUAAAAAUGGACAUAAACAAAUCUUGUUACAUUACAAUUGAAGAAGAUAUCGAAAUAAAGAAUAAAAAAAAAAUGUACUCGUAUACAGAAAUACGGAAUUUAAUGUUACUUUCAAUUGUAGUAUUAUCAUUAAUAACAAUAAUACUAUAUAUUAUCCAAUUAGAAGAUCGUAAAUAUCAACAGAUGCCGGGAUGGAAAGACGAAGGCCGUAACUCAAGUAAUAUUGAGUCCAACGGAGGAAGUCUGAAUCAUCUUUUAACAAUCAUACAAAAAUCUAUCUCGACAGACCCCGGCCCCUCAGCAAUAAAAAAUAGCUACAAUCUAAUAAUUAAUAAUAAUUAUUACAACGGUACAUAGUUUACAACACCCAGCCAUGAAUUUUAAUAAACGUUUAAUAAACUGAUUUUUGCACACUGGGGCUUCUAUUCGUUUCAGCCAUGAAUACGAGUAUUAUUAUUAUUAUUAUUAUUAUUAUUAUGAUUAUGAUUAAUCGUGGACUUUGUUGAAUUUAUUAUGUUAUUUUUUAUUUCUGGUGUACGGGGUCUGUCGAAAUAAAUUUUUGUAAUUUUUGUAAUUUUUAGAA